AUGGUUGUCCCAUACAUUCUGGAAAUCGAAAGACUGAGGCCAAUUUCACUUAGUAUCCUGGUUUCCCUUUUGUUAACUUACGCUAUCCGUCAAUGGCUACUCCCUCGCCCAAUUCCUGGAAUUCCAUACAACCUCAAGUCCUCGAGGAAGCUGCUUGGUGAUGCCCCGGAUAUGCUUCGUGAGGUGAGCAUCACCAGAGAUUCAAACGCCUGGUUGGCGCAGCAGGUAAACAAAUUGCAAUCGCCGCUAUGCCAGGUUUUCAUGAGACCCUUUUCUCGGCCUUGGGUUCUACUUGCCGAUGCAACGGAGGCUCAAGAUAUCUUGCUGCGUCGGCCCGAAUUUGACCGGUCCGAGAUCAUAACGGAUGGGCUGGGACCCUUAGGCGCCUUCCACGCCCGAAUGAAGACUGGUCCAAUGUGGAAAGCGGCAAGGGCAUGGCUGAAGGACCUGAUGGGGCCAAGUUUCCUGAAUAACAUUGUUAGUCCGGUGAUGUACGAGAGUUCGGUCCAUCUUAUGGAGUUAUGGGAAUCCAAGGUGCGUCUGGCCAGCGGUCGGCCGUUCGAUGUCAACAAUGAUUUGACCCACAGCGCGGUUGACGGCAUGCUGUCGUUUGUGUUUGAACGCCACUUCGAGCACACUGCUGUUGGCCCCCAGAUUGAGAUCUUGUCCCAUCUAGAUCCUUCCAAAAUUGAGGUGGGGGUCCACGGGGACGCAAAGUUUCCGGCAGCACCUGUGAACGAGUUCAUCACCUCGCUGUAUGAGACAGUCGAUGUAAUUGAUACGGUGGCCAAAUCCAUAGCGCCCCGGGCCAUGAUGUGGUGGAUUCGGCAAUUCCCUCGAUAUAAGAAAAUUGCUGCGGUGAGAAUACGUGUCGUCCGCGAGCAAGUGAUGGGGGCACUUGAGAGACUCAGCAUCACCGGCGAGACCAAGACAGCAAUUGAAUACAUGUUGGUUCGGAUGAAGAAGAUUGCCGAAGAACAAAACUGCAAGCCAGACUAUGAAAGUCCUGUCUUUGUUGAAGAGAUUGAAGGCAUGUUCAUUGCUGGUACACACAGCGUCAGCACAACUAUCGCAUGGGCUUUGAUUUAUUUGACCAGAUACCCAGAAAUCCAGGAUAAACUGCGCCUUGCAUUACACACAGCAUAUGCCGACGCUCACGCGGAGGAACGAGCCCCUACCAUAAUUGAGCUUACCAACACUCGGGUACCCUACCUGCAAGCUGUACUAGAAGAGGUACUCCGUCUUCAUGCAACCAGCGUACCACGACAAGCUGUCCGUGACACAGAGAUACUUGGCCAACGUAUUCCCAAGGGCACGCACGUGAUAUUAGUCGCCAAUGGACCCAGUUUCCACGCACCAUCAUUCGACAUCGAACCGGGUCUUCGUAGUGCGACCGUGAAACCCAAUAAAUGGGAUGAGACUCGUGAUUUGAAAGCCUUUGACCCCGAGCGCUGGCUCGUGUACAAGGAGGGCAUGUCUUGGCAUGAGGCAGAGUUUGAUGCAAAUGCGGCUCCCCAGAUCGCCUUCGGUAUGGGACCUCGGUAUUGUUGGGGACGCCGCUUGGCAUACUUAGAGAUGCGCAUGGUUAUCACGCUUGUUCUGUGGAGCUUUGACUUGCUAUCGCUGCCAGACGCAUUAGCUGAUCCCAAGGCGUACUAUGGGAUCAUCCACAAGCCAGGUCAAUGCUGUCUGAGGCUGAAGAGCAGGAAGUAA